UAACAUAAGCUUGCCAAAAAGCAACUAAUUUUGCCGUGAAAAAAAAAGUGAGAAAAUAUUGAAAAAUGAAUACCUACAAAACGCAAAUAAAUAAAUAAAUGCAAAAUAAAAAUGUGCAAUGCAUAAUUCGUAAAGCGUACCACUGUGAGAGGAGCAGCAAACAAAAUACAGCGUAUGUGCAUUAAUAAAAUGAUUUGCGGGUGCGUGGAGCAGCGUCUUUUCCGCAAUUAGCUACUAAAAUACACUGAAAAAUAAACAAACACAAAGUGCGAAUGCAAUACAAACAACAAUUUCGAAUUUGAAAUUAAUCAAUGCAAACAAACAGUGUGCGCGUUUGUAAUUAAAUCAGUUGGCUAGUUGGUUACUUGUUGGUACGCGCCGCACAGAGACCGACAACUGCGCGCGGUUGGCCCAACUGCAGCACGGAUUAUUGUUAAUUGGAUUAGGGCCCAAAAGCGGGGCAGCGGCUGUGGCUGACGCUGACUCUGUGACUCUGACUGUGACUGUGGCUGUGGCAGUGGCUGAGGCUGAGGCGGUGGCAGGCGUCGGGCGCAAUUGGUGUUAGUUGCGAAAAGUUGAUCGGCUUUAGCAAUGGCAACGACACAGCAAUAUUCGUUGCGCUGGAAUAACUAUUUGCGGCAUUUGACCUACUCGCUGGACAAUCACAGGCUGAACGAUGAUUUUGUUGAUGUUAGCCUGUGCGUGGAUGGGCGCAAGAUCAAGGCGCACAAGGUGGUGCUCAGCUCGUGCUCAUCGUAUUUUAAGGAGAUAUUCAAAGAGAAUCCGCAUCCUCAUCCAGUCAUUAUAUUUAAGUUUAUCAAAUUCGAAGAUCUCAACUCCAUAGUCGAGUUUAUGUAUCAGGGUGAGGUGAAUGUGCAACAAGAGGCGCUGCAAUCGUUUCUGCAGACCGCCGAACUGCUGGCCGUGCAGGGUCUGACCGCUGAGGAAAAGGAGAAACCGCAGCUGCCGGUGGCGCCGCUUAUAAGCGAUCACAAGCUCAUCAAGACGAUACCCAGCACGAUACGCGCCGUCAACGAGCAGCAGCACCACCAGCAUCAUCAGCAGCAUCAACAGCAGCAUCAACAGCAGCACCAGCAGCAGCACCAGCAGCAACAGCAGCAGCAGGUGGCUGUUGCAAGCAUCGCUCAAGCGCAGAGCGCCACACAAACCAUCGAAAUACCAACGGCUACGCUGUUGCAGGCAACGGCAACGCAGGUUCAAACGCAAGUGGCUGCUGUCGCGGCGGCUCAGCUGCAGGUGCAGCAGACCCAACAGCAGCAACAACAACAGCAGCAGCAGCAGCAGCAUCAUCAUCAUGUACAAACCACCCAAAUACAACACAUUCAAGUUCAGGCGGCGCCGCCACAGCAACAACAACAGCAGCAGCAGCAGCAACAACAGCAGCAACAACAACAGCCACAGCAGGCCGCAGCGCAGGCGCAGCACCUGACCAUCACGAAUACGGUAUCGCUGCCUGCAGCGAAUACCGUUAAGAAGCGCAAGAUCACCUUCUCCGACGAUGAUGACAAUAUCUACACCACCGAAACGGUCGACUAUGCCGUCAAGGACGAACAGACCAUUGUGAAAACUGCCGAGAUGACAUUUCUACGCGGCGCCGUCAAAAUGGACAUACCGGAUUAUAUAGUCAGUGAGGUCGACGAUCGUUUAUCGGACGGCGCGACGCCACAAACGUCACAGGAUGCGACCACAGCGGCCGCACAGACUGUGGCGCAAUACUCUUCCGAAUACGAGAUCCUAACCGAGUCUGAAAUCGAGGAGAAAUACCAAGCAGAUCCCGAGAAUGCCGAAAUUGCCAUCGAAAUGACACGCCUGCUGAGCACAGCGAGCGGCGCAACAACGACAGCCACCACACAGGCGGUGCUGGAGGAUCCUAGCGCCGCGCCGACGGGUGCCACAACCACCGUCUCGGUGACGCCAGUGAAAACGGACAACAAAGCCAGCGGCACCAAUGAUUCACCCAAUAAUAAAUGGACAGAAUGUCAAUUUUGCAAAAUGGUUAUUACCACGGUGAAUCUUUGGAGACAUAUUCGCACCCAACAUACGCCCCAACCGCCGCGCAAAUGCGAUCUCUGCAAUAAGAAUUUCAAAAACAAAUACAGCCUGCGCGAGCACAUACGCAUCUCCCAUGAGCAGAAGGUGGCCAUCAAGACGGAGAACUGAUGGACAAUCUUUCAGGUGCAGCACGGCGUCAAUUGAAUAUUCCACAGACGACACUCAAGGCGGCACGAAACCAAUCCGAGCGAGACGGAGCAUGCUAACUACAAAGAGAGAAAGAGAGAGAGAGAGAGAGAGAGAGAGAUAUAGAACAUUACGUCCAACAACAAAUGCUAAAAAUCUUAGCCAGUGGAAAGAUAUUUGUAUGGAACCACCCAAAAAAACAACAACAAAUAAAUGUAAAGCAAACAAAACUGAAAGAAAAUACAAAAAAAUCAAAGAAGAAGAAGCGGAGAAGGAUGAGGAUAAUGUUAAAGCACUUUUCCAGUCAUUAGCACUUACGUUGCCGCAACCAGCAUCCAAGUUGUUGUUUAGUCAAAAAAAAAAUAAGAAAAGAAAAGCUUAAAUCAGAUCUGUUUGAUGGGCGACAAAAAUUGAUGGAAAUGUAUAGAAAUAGUAAAUGCCGCAACAGAUCUGGCUGGGCUAUCCAUAUGACAUUCUAUAUACAUAUAUGUGUAUAUCUGUGUCUGUCUGUAUCUAUCGAGAUGUUAGCGCUAAUUUAAUUUGUAAGCCACAAAAAAUGUCAAGUCAGUCAGUUUGUGGAGCUGGUGAAGCCCGAUAUUGACCAAGCCAUGUCAUAUAUAUAUAUAUAAGCAGAUAUAUAUUUAUAUAUAUAUAUUCCUGAUAAAUUGAAAAAGAAAACAAACAAAUUGAAAUUAAUUUAUGUAUUUUAGUUAAUUAGUUAGCCAAGUGCGUCGCGUACAUCACGUAACUGUACAUACAUUAAUCUUAACUCCUAUUAUAUAAUUCCUAGAGUAUAUAAAUAUAUAUAUAUAUAUUUUAUAGAGCGCUAGAGCCAAAGCCAGACUAGGCCCACA